UUGUAUUAAACUUUGCAGGACUAUACCAUGACGCAAAUGCGAGGUGAUCGUGUAAAAAUUUCAAGAGAAAGCUAUAAAUUAUUGAAUUGAUAGUUCUUAUCGUGUAGGGAAUAAUUGUCGACGUCGAACCGUGUACACGUGCCGAUGUCAUUAUCAUUUGUUUAUUGUAAAGUGACCAAGUGGGUGAUACAUUAACAAUAACAUAAUUGAUUGUGUGUGAAAAAUUACGUUUCUUUCCCGUUUCGAUAAGGAUGCAUUUACGGAGUUUAUUUAUUGUAUUUUUGCUAUCAUUUGCUUGUGGACAAGAUAGACAGAUAAUAUCAAGCUUAAACCCUGGCUGCGAGAACUGUGACGUCACCCUCGUGUACAUCAAAGCUGUCGGCAGCCAUGACACCGUCCACCAGCUAUGGGACUUCUCCCGAGGCAUGCCCACCAUCAUAUACCUUAUCACAAAGCUCAACUCCACGGUAGAAGUCACGUGGGACGGCAAGGAGCCUAGCCAGUUUAAGAUUCCUGAUAGACCAGUUUACAGCUUUGCUGCUACUAUUGAUAAGCUGCAAGAAUACAAUGACAUAAACAGUACCGGGCAAAUAGACAACAAGUGCCCACAGAGGCCAGUUCCUCUUCGUGACGUGGUGUGGAAGCGAGGAGACACCGUCCUCACUGGUGACGAGGUCAUGGUGCACAUGCGAGGAUACUUCCCCGACACCCGGCAGAAGGGCACUGUUGACAUGAAGCUAGACCUGCUCCCCUACAAAGACUAUGCAGUGGAACUUCCCCAUCUCAUUCACACAGCGAACUCGACCCUCAUAGACGUCAGUCUGGUGAACCUCACGACUUCCCGCGACUAUAACGCGUCACGGUUCGCGAUACAUCUGACCCUGGUCAGCACUGACGCCUGGAGCGAUGCUAUGAAGUAUACCAUGAGGAAGAGUCUUGAUGAUGAGCAUACUCCUGGGGUUUUUGAGAUCUUCGAGAUCAAAACGCCGCGGUCCGUGUCAUCGGACGACGGCGGCUACGUGCAGUUCCGGCCGGUCAGCUACACGGAGCCCGAGCGCAGCGUCUCGUCCUCUACCAACGCUUAUAUCAGUAAUUUUACUAGCACACAUCUCCCCAAAUCGAGCACACUGCGUAUAUUCUACCGCGACUUCAACCGCGACAAUCUACUAGUACAGGACACGUUCAUAUCGUUCGGCCUGCCCGGGGACGGGAAUUAUAAGCAACAUAACUAUACUUCUUGGUCAUUCUCAAUAGGCUACGGCGUUCCCCCAGUAGAAAAAUUCUCUCUCUUCGUGAUCAUCAUUAUAUCGAUCGGCCUAGGCGUUCCAGUACUGCUAGCUCUAUCAGGCAUCACCUAUGUCCUGGCACGGAGGUGUAAGCAGAGAAACCCCCCCACCAGGUUCACGGAUGACGAGUAAAGGUAGAAAAAUGUACUGUAGUUUUGGAAUGAUUGGUUUUCAUACAUAUCUGCAUGGUAUGCAGAAAUAUUUAUGUCAAAAAAGAUCAUUAUUGUUACAUAUUGAAUUUUGAUAUCAAUUACCUGUGGGUUUUAAUAACCGUCUUGAUAUGUAGUUUUGUUUGGCUCGUAUUUUGGGAGGUUGAGUGCCGAUAAAUAUAAAAAUGUGAACUUUAUGACACACAAUAUAGAUAUAGAAAAGCAGAAAUUAUAAUCGGCUCUUAAGCCAAUGCAUGGCAUAUUAAUGGUGCACAAAUAAAAUAAUAUUAAAAUGUGAUUAGAAUGAAUAUUGAAUUUAACUAAUAGUAUUAGAAUUGAAUUGAAUGAAUCAUAGUAUAAUUCUGUGCACUAUUAUAAGAAGUUGACGAAAAAAUAUCAAACACUUAUUAAAUGACGCAAAACUUUGCUUAGCACUUAAGUAGUUAUAAUUAUUAUAUUUUUGUAUAAAUCGUAGAUGAAAAUCUAUCUUUUAAAUGAAAUCUUAUAUGGCCGAGACUUAGUCCAAUUGACGUCGUAAUUUAAGUUAAUAACGACUCAUUUAUAAAAUAGUUUAUUUUAUAUUCACUAUUUUUUCAGACGUUCUCUUAAAUUAUUUCUACAAUAAAAAUAUGUUUAUAGACUUUUUUUGUUGACUGUGUUUUUUACACUGACUGUGUUUUGACAUUACAUUUUUUUUUUAUUGAAUCAAUCGUAGACAGAUUAAUUUUGUAAAUUACAAGUCAUAUAAUGUAGUUUUAAUAUAUCCAUUUCAAGUGCCUAUCAAAUAAAUACUUUCUUUUAUAUAUAACAGUUUGAGAAUAAGCGCUUUCAAAUUAGCGGAUUAUUACUAUUAAACAGAGCAAUUCACAACAACCGGUUCGAGCGAUAACACCUGAAUACCUAUUUUUUUACCCUCCGUACUUGUAUCCCCAAAUAAAAUUAGGAUAAGGGCAAGAGGAUGAUGAUGAUGAUGACCUGUUCAAGCCGAACGUAUACUCGGUGCUAAAUCCGCUAGUGUGAAAGUGCUCUCAUACAUCAGUGCAUAAGUUAAGGUGGCUCAGAGCUAAGAGCUAAUUGAGAUCUUUCUUUUUAUAUUUAAGUUCUUUCGUUAUUCAUUUCAUCAGAAAAUUCUCAUUUCAUUUCUAAAACUUACCUAUGCCUUAGAAAAUAUACUUUUGUAAAUAAGUAAUCAGAUAUUGUAUAAAAUUUAAUAGUGCUAUGUUGAAUUAAAGAUAAAAAUUAUAAUAUUGUUCCAAAAAAUAACGAUAAUGUGAUGUUACAGUAUUUUGAAACCUGUUGAAAAACGUGAAAAUAAUUAUAUCCCAUUAGUUUUAAGAUUUCUUAUUCUGGCUGUUUUUUUAUUAUUAGUUUUUCUUUUUGUAACGAUACAUUUUUUUAAAUUUGGUUUUUCGACUUCUAUUGCAAUUCAUAUUUCUUGUAACUUCAAGGUUUGUUAAUCUCAGAAAAGUAAUUAUUUAAACACAGUUAUAGCAUGAUUAGAUAAUGUAAAAACUACCAUGGAUCUUUGGUAACUUACUCAAGUUAUAAAUAAAUUGAUUGAAUCGAGUGACUUCAACAUUGAUUGUAAAUGACGACAUUUAUUUUUCUAAACGAAUUUUGUACGUUUUUGUAAAUUAUUUUGUAGGCUUAAUCGUUAGCUUUGUAUUUUCUGAUGUGAUAUUAAUUUUGAUUAUGUCUACUUGUUUUGUAAAUAGGUUUACGUGUUACGAAAUAAAUGCACUAGUAUUGUAACAA